AUGAAGGGUGAAGUUUCACUUAUCGAGAAAGACAAUAUAACUGGUGGAAAUGAUGAAUAUAUGAAUGCGGUAAAAGUUAAAAAGACUGCUCAACAGACUGAAGGAGUAAAAGAUAUUUCAUGCUCAAAUUUGAAUACAUAUUAUCCAACUCAAAUUGGGCAAAGAAAAUCAAACGAAAUAGAAAGUGAAGGGUUUUGUUUUGAGAAGAGUCAACACUCAUCUUCAUUUAGAGUUUUGAGUGAACUGGAUGACUGCAUUGAGGAAUCUUUUGAAAGCAUUUUAGGAGCUGGCAAAACGUGCAAUAAAACUCUCUCACGAAAAGGGUCUUUAGAGUGCAUUGAAUGGUCUGGGGAAGAGAGAGUUUUUUCUCCUGAAGCUAAAUCUUCUUUAUCAAAAAUAGAAUUUUAUUCGAACUGGAAAAAUAUAAUUAAUCAACAAGAUGCUCCCAGAACUCCUCAAUUUAAGACGACUUAUAUAUUUCCCUUAUCACCCCAUUUUUCUGAUUAUGAUGAAUACUACUCAGAUUCAUCGAGUAAUAGCUCUGAAUCUCUCCCAGAUAUUCAGAAAGAAAUUCCUACAGUGAAGAAAAGUAAACACAUCUUUAAAAAUCAUUCUAGGCGUGUUAAUGGUAUUUCCUGGAAUCAAUAUGAAGGAGCCAAUGAAGCAAAUUACAAUUACUCUUCUCCAUCUCUUCCAAUUCCCAAUAAUUUACAAGGAAGAAAUAGAUUAGACCUUUUACUUUCCCAAUGGGUAAACUAUUUCUCUGGGAGGCAAACUAUUGAUAUUAAUGAUAUUGAGUGUGCAACUCAAUUUUUUACAGGAUUGGAUGUAACAACUUUAACUGCUGUUACGAGCUCGCUCAUUUAUAUUGGUCAUUGUGCCAGAUAUACACAAAUUAGGAAAUACAAUCAAGGAUAA